UAUGUCAUUCUCGUUCAUAGAUUUGAGAGUAUAACCCUAAAAAAUUGAUUUUUUUUCGUUCAGUCCUAAAAAACUCGACAAGCAGGAAAGCAGAAAAAAACAUUACUUCUGCCCAAAAAAUUUAAAAUGAAGGUGUUUCAGCUUAUCAGGAGGAAUCCCUUUUCAAAAGACAAAUUCCUAUGCUCCGUUUAUAACGAAGUACGUCUUUCUAUGGAAAAAAGUACCCAGGAUAGCAGCUCCAGUAGUGACAGCAGCAGCAGUGGCAGCAGCAGCAGCAGUGAUUCCGAUAGCGAUGGUCCAGAUAUGAAAUCCAAAAAUAAUUUACAAGCCAAAAAGGAUGAAACUUUAAGCAAGCUGAACACUUUGUUACAGCAGUUACUUGAAAAAGAUGUGGUCGCAAAAAGCUACAAUCUUGAUUUGGCAAAACCUACAAACAAGCGAUCAAAAAAAGAUGCUAAUGAUGAGCCCAAGAAAACCGAAAGCAAGCAAGAUAAAAUGGUAAAUGCAGUGAAAAAUGUUGCCCAAGAGUUAGGAGGCAAUGUGCGACAAACCGAAUCCGAGUUGCUAACAAAGCUUUUAGAACCCACGUCAACAACUUUGAGCGAGAUAAUCAAGGACAUGAAAAUCGAUAGAGAACCAAAAUCUGUGGAACAAUCAAAGGCCGAUGAAGUCAGAAGCAUUCUACAGCAAGUACACUCCAGGCAAGGAGGAGACCCGUCAAAACCAGAGAAGAGAACCAGAAAAACCAUGCAAAUGAAGCCAAGACAAGAUAUGGUGAUCCAAAGAAUAGACCUCUUCGGAGCGAAACCUCUAGGCAUAUUCACAAACAAGGAUUCCUUGAAGGAAGUGCCCGGCAAUGAAACGUGGCAGGCAAUGUAUGAACGCGAUCUGAAGUUAUGCGUCACUCACCCGCCUAGCAAUUACUUCCAACAAAUGAUUUCGUGGACGGAGCAGGGAAAGUUGUGGAACUUCCCAAUUGAUAAUGAACAAGGUUUGGAUGAAGAAAAGAAGGUGUACUUCGCCAAGCACAUCUUUCUAGAGGAGCAUUUGGAGCCGUGGUGCCCUUCGCGGGGGCCAAUUCGACAUUUCAUGGAACUGGUCUGCGUUGGCCUUUCGAAAAAUCCAUAUCUCACCGUCGAGGCCAAGAAGGAACACAUAGAUUGGUAUAAAAACUACUUUGAGGACAAGAAGAAGCUGCUUCAGGAAGUUGGGGCGUUUCCCGUCGAGGCCAAGCAAGCUCAAAAAUCUGUUGAAUAGUACCGAGAUGUUGGUUUAGUUGUGAUAAAUUAAUUUUCUAGUU